AUGAAAAUUAAGGUUAGAACAGUUCAAAACACAGAGAUGGAAGUGGAGGUGGAGGUAGAUUACUCAAUUGAAAAGGUGAAACAAGCCAUUCAAGCAUUAAACCCAGUAAUGGAAGCUUCAAGGCUCAAGUUGAUUUUUGCUGGAAGAAUUCUGAAUGACUCACAUACUGUUCAAGAUGUAGGAAUUAAGGAUGGAGAGCGAUUAGUUGUUCUUCUUUCGAAAGGAGCUUCCCAAAAGGCAGCAGAAAGUCAUCAGAAUAAGCAAAACAAUGUAUCGACUGAAUCUAAUGCAAAUACAGAACCAGCUACUGGAAUUCCACCCUCAAAUAGUCAGAACCAACUGGGGAUUUCUGAUCCAUCCAUAGAUUCAAGAGCCUCAACUUUGCUAACAGGGCCAGAGCUUGAGGAAACAAUCGCAAAUAUUGUUAAUAUGGGUUUUGAGAGAGAACUGGUUGUAAGAGCAAUGAGAGCAGCAUUUAACAACCCAGAUAGGGCAGUUGAGUACCUUACCUCAGGGUUGCCAAUUCCAGAGAAUCCAGUGGCAGCUAAUCCCGCUAACACUACACCAGCAAACUCAAAUGCUUCCUUGAAUACAGCCAUAACUCCAACAGAAGAAUCCUCAUCGGAACAACUUCCAGGGAAUUUGGAGUCGCUUAGAACAAAUCCAUUAUUCCAACAGCUAAGGUCUGUUGUUCAACAAGAUCCGAGAAUUCUUCCUGAGCUCCUUGUAAGAAUUGGCCAGUCAAACCCCGAAAUUCUCCAGCUAAUUACAGAAAACCAGGAAGAGUUUAUCAGAAUGAUGGAGAGAACAGAUUCUGAUGAAAUCGGAGAAGCUGCCCAAUUCCCAAUGCAAACAACUAUCCAACUUACUCCCCAAGAAGCUGAGUCUGUUGAACGUUUGCAGGCGCUCGGAUUCCCAAGAAAUGCUGCUAUUGAGGCCUAUUUGAUAUGUGAAAAGAACGAAGAGCUUGCUGCAAACUAUCUCCUUGAAAACAGUGCUGACUUCUUUACUGAUGGUGCGAACUAA